CUUUAUGUUGCCACGGAUUUUCUUUGACCACAACAACUGGACCGUUUUCUUAAAUUACAGGACUUUCAGUUAAAACCUGAGCGCUGGUAGCUGCCUUCUGUGAAAGCCCCCGUGGACGAAAGUGGAACUGCAGUUGCUGUAUUAAAUGGCUCUUUUUUCUCUUUUCACUUUUGAUCCCUGAGCUCACACAUUCCGAUCAUUCCAGGCGCGCUUAGUUAUUUAUGAGAGCAGAGCGCGCGCCUACCAGCUCAUAAUCCAACCAGACCUAAACGCGCGCGCACACAAACAAAACGAGGAGAUAAAACACAAACAGAAGAUAUUAGUUGGAUUACUUGGAUUAUUACACAUGCCAUUAACAGAAUCCGUGUGGAAUGAAAGUGGUAGUUGGUCCAGUUCAGUUCAUAAAUACUCGUCUUCAUCAAAUAAAAUGAGAGGUGAAGAAGCAUCUGGUACUGUUCUGCACAGACUAAUCCAAGAGCAGCUACGCUAUGGAAACCCCACAGAUGCCCGCACACUCCUGGCCAUCCAGCAGCAGGCCCUGCGACGAGGAGGAGGUGUUGGAUCUGGCAGCGGAGGGGCUUGUUCUCCACAGUCUUCAUCUGAGAGCCUCAGCCAGGAGGAGCAGCAUUCUCCUCAGCUCUCUGCCCGCCAAGAACCCCAAGGUCAAGAGCACCAGGUUGACUACCAGCACUCUGAGAACUACACAACACACCCACACCAUGAUGAGGAGCUGCCCACCUAUGAACAAGCCAAGGCCCACUCUCAGUAUUUGGCCUCCCAGUGGUGCCAACCGCACAGGGGCUGCUCACUAGAGGAUAGUGUAACAAGCCAGAUGCCCUGUAAGGAAGAAGACAGCUGGGACCCGAAGCGAGCCCACGUACGGUCACUGAGUGAGCGGCUUCUGCCGUUUUCAAUGGAGCACAAUAAAAUGCCUGCAACAUAUUCUGCCAGUUACCCUCAGAUACAUGGAUAUCAUGCAAACCAGCACUUACAAUAUAGCCAGCAAGGACUGGAAUACAAUAAGCAGGUGCCUUAUACUGAGCACCCCUUUCCUGUGCGACAAGCAGCGGAGUAUGAACAGUGCUACAAAGCACCACCACCAUUUAAUUCCCAGCACAACAGACUUCAAACACCUGAAGUUUGCCAUAGACUCUCCUCAUCUCCACCUGCUGGCAGGGAGGUCGCAGCUUGCAGUCGCAUCCAACUGGAAAUGCUCAUGAACGAGAAUAAGAGAUUGAGACAGGAGCUAGAGGGACACACUGAGAAAGCCCUCAGAAUUCAGAAGCUGGAACAAGAGAUCCAAAGGAUUUCAGAGGCCUAUGACACUCUGAUGAAGGGCUGUGCAAAAAGAGAAACUCUGGAGCAAGCGCUAAGAAACAAGCUGAUGGCUGAGAUCAAGAGGCUGCAGCAAUCAAGCAUUCAAGCGGCAAAAGAAGCCGAAGCUGCUGACCAGAACCAGCAUGUUAUUGAGAAGCUCCUUCUGCAGAAUGAAGAACAGCAGCUGCAGUGUGCACAUCUGGAGCAGGAGGUUCAGCAUCUGCGAAACGAAGCGGAGAACCAGCAGCGCAGGAGCGAGGCCCUGGAGAGCACCCUGAGGUCCACACAGACACGCAGCCAGCAGCUGUGGACGGAGCUGCAGAGGAAGAGAGCAUAUGUGGAGAAGGUUGAGCGUCUGCAGAAGGCUUUGGCUCAGCUGCAAGCAACAUGCGAAAAAAGAGAAGGGUUGGAAACGCGCCUAAGGACACGACUAGAGCAGGAACUGCGGUGCCUCAGAAAUCAGCAGCGGCAGUCUCAGCCAGUCGGAGGAGCGUCCAAUGUGAGUGUGUCCACACUGCAGGAACAUCUGCGGGAGAAAGAAGAGCGCAUUUUGUCCCUGGAAGCUGACAAGAUGCGCUGGGAGCAGAAAUACCUUGAGGAGAAAACCAUGAGGGAGUUUGCGAUGGAUGCCGCUGCCACCGCUGCAGCUCAGAGAGACACAACCAUCAUCAACCAUUCACCCUGUCAUUCCUUCAUUGAGGAGUUCCCAUCAUCUGAGAUCCGAAACCAGGAAGUUGAAAACAGGAUCCGUGCCCUGUAUGCUCAAAUCCUGGAGAAGGACACAGUGAUUAGCUUCCUAAAACAGAAGCUGCACCAGGAUCAGAAGGGAGAGUCAGGUGACUUCCGCCCAGCUACUACUGAGCCCUCCAUCACCAUCUCUCAUUCAACGUUCACACAUAUGGCCCAGGGCAAAGGGAAGAGUCAAUCCAAUGACCAGGCGGCUGGUACGUCUGAUUCCACACUCACUCCGGUAGUAGCCUGGGGACAACCUGAGCCAGUUCUGUCAGAGAAACAGACAACAGAUCAAGCCCCGUGCACAGAGCCCAAAACCAAUAACAUCCAGAAAGCACCGUCUGCUGUGGACCUUUUUAAGGGCCUGGAUGAUGUGGCGGCUGAUGCAGUGGAGAUCUUCAUUUGAUGAAGAACACUUGGACAAGAUAUUAAAUGGGAAGAUAUUAAAUGACACCACAUCACUAUACUGUUGUGAAGAAAGAGUCCAGCUAAAAAACAGAGCUGCUCAAAAUCUCAUGUAAAAGAGGGAGCUGAGCUCUUCUCUUAAAAGUACAUCUCCAGUCUGGUAUGUUUUGACAGAUUAAGUAGUAAACCGCAUUACUGACACUUAUGCUUCUGGCGAGAAUCCUACGUUUUUGGUAUUUAAAGCCUUCCCGUACAGGAUUGCAUUGUCCCUCCUCUCAGAAGACUGUGGUAACUUCACCACAUUCCAGUUCAGUUGUCUGUCGUCUUGAAACUGAGGCUCUCACAUGCAUCUUUUCCACCCCACCUUUACUGAUUGUUAUAAAUGGUUACAUUUUUCUCAUAUUUUUCUAUUUAUGGCUGCUACGCCCUUUUUUGAAGUUAUUAUUUUACAUUGCAUGCUUAACAUUGUCACAUUGUGCAAGACAAAAACAUUAUUUAGACCUAAGAGUCUAAGUGAAUUCUGAAUUGUGUUUUGUUUUUGAAUGUGUUCGCUCUUAAAUGGCACAUUUGCUGGUCAAGGUGUCGUUUCAAAGUAAAUAUUAAUAUAUAUUUUGUACAAUUAUUUUGUGUUGUGUUGGAAUGUAAUGCUGAGGAACUGGUGCCAAAGAGCAUUUCAGUAAAGUUGUGUAAACACACGACCAAGGGUUGACCUCUUCUAUUUAAUCCAUGAAAGAUGUGAAUGUUCUGAAACAUUUCAUACAUUUACAAUAAAGCUAUUAAUAUAUAAAAA